UCUUUUCCUCCUUACAUUCCUUACCUGAAAAUACAAGAAAGUGAUGGAAGAGACCCUCACUCACCUCACAGAUGCAGAGUAGGGAGCAGUGAAGUGUCUUUGACGAAACUUCCUGUUGGAAUGCCUCACAUCAACGCAGCUGCUGCUCUGCAGAUUUCCAUGCUGCUCUUUGCUCUUCCUGCACAGUAUUUCAUAUGUCAGUGGUAUGGAACGGAUUCUGCCGAGCGCAUCCAAAUAACAGAAAGGGUAAUUGCCUCUUGGAGCAUCUCAACAAGACCUUACUUGGCUCUGGAUGAGUGGGCAGAUCAUUUAAAGCAGUGGCUCUCAAAGAUAAGGAAUUGGUACUAUGGAGAGAACAAAACUAAAAGUGGUGACAAUGAAGCAAAACCCCAUCCUUAUUUUGCAGAAUCAACUUAUGUUCACAGUCCAAAACCUGAAUAUGUUAAGUUCAGUGUGGGCCAGGUAAUAAUUCACAGAAGAUUUGGUUACUCAGGAGUCAUUGUUGGAUGGGAUGCAAAACCUAAUGCUCCAAAACAACUACAACCCAGAUAUCCUCCAGUGAAACAGGAUCUAAAAGAUACUCCUCACUAUCGAAUUCUAAUUAACAAUGCAAAUGGAUCUGGCAAAUCUACAGCUUAUGUUCCUGAGGAAGAGAUAACAGUUAUUAUGGGAUUAGAGGUGUAUCACUCUGAUAUGGAAACCUACUUCAGUGGAUACGAUGGAUCAAAAUACAUUAUGCAGCCAUGGUUGAAAAAACUCUACCCUCAUGACUGAGUACUUCAGAGCCUGUACAUGUAAUGUAUGUCCAGAUGACAGAUGUCCUUUUUAAACUUGAGCAAACAGACACCAGGAUAAAAUGUGUAUUUUUUCCUGUAAUUAAAUAAAACAUUCCUAAGCAGGUUUUAUGUUGAACACUCAAUUUUGUCAGAAGUGAACAUGUUGCAUGUUCAGUUUGCCAUGACUCAGCAAUGGGGAUUAAUUUCCUUCCAGUUUUGGAAGGAAAGGUAUAAAUGUAAUGCAGGUUCAGCCAGGAGUGCCAAAUGUUUGGCACAUCAGGUAUCUCACUGUUUUACAGGGACUAGGGGACAAAAAUAAGCAGCUGUGAGCCGU